AAAAGCUGUGUUCAGGUUGAACGUUUUCGUGAUGAUCCAGAAUGGGAAGAUGUUGACCCAAUACCGCUAAAUGACGAUGAACAAGCUGCCGUCAAGAUAUUAACGAGUGACGCAUUCAAUGAUGCAUUUAUGUAUCUUCGUGCAGUUAUUCAGUCCAAUGAAAUGUCUGAACGUGCAUUCAAACUUACCAAUAGAUGUAUAGAACUUAAUCCAGCCAAUUAUACGCUUUGGCUGUAUCGAAGAUCUCUUUUGAAGGCACUUGAUAAGGAUCUGAAAGAAGAAUUGUCUUUCAUUGAGGAAACAAUCGAGGAGAAUCCGAAAAAUUAUCAAGUAUGGCAUCAUCUUCAAAUUCUGAUUGAAUGGAUGAACGAUGCGGGUAAUGAGUUGGCGUUUACGGCAAAAAUGAUCGAAGAAGACUCAAAAAAUUAUCAUGCUUGGCAGUUGAGAGAGUGGAUAGUUGGUCGGUUCAACUUAUACGGUCAAAAGGAAUUGGACUAUGCAGUUGGCUUACUUCUCGAAGACGUACGAAAUAAUUCUGCGUGGAAUUAUCGGUUCUAUAUUCUGCAGAGUAUGGAUGCACUCAAGGAUGAGGAAACGCUAAAUCGUGAAAUUUCAAUGACUGAAGCAUUUAUAAAACAAGCGCCAAGCAAUGAAAGUGCUUGGAACUAUUUAGCUGGCAUUUUACUCGAUAAAGGACUAUCGACACGUGCUGAUGUAACACAGUUUUGUGAAGAUUUGAUGAAACAAAGCCGUUCUCCGUUAUGUCUUAGUUUUGUCGUUGAUUCCUUGAUUGAACUCAUCGAAAAACAAGUCAGUCCGAAGGUACGUUUCGUUGGUUUGUAUGGGAAUAUCUCGUUCAUAUUUUCCCGUUUCUCGAUGUGCACGCAUUUUGAACUGUUGUGA